GGAGGAGGCGCUGCGCGCUCCGGGCGGUGGAGACACGCCUGCCCCGCUCCGAUCCGUGCCCCGGGGCAAGUGGCCUCCCUCGAGGGGCUGGGGAGCAGGCUGGACGCCCGGUGAAGACAAGCGCCCGGCGCGGGGCUUCUGCAAUCCCCCCUGCGCCCGGGCGCCCCCAGCGGGUUCCCAGAGGCGCCCGGGGCGCCCGGGUCUCCGGCGCCGGAGCGAGCGUGCGCGCGGGCCGGGCUGAGAGCCUGAGGGGCCGUCAGGAGGUGGGAGGGCAGGAGUGGAGGACGCCGCGGUAGCGGCGCGCCCCCGGGCAGUCGCUGCAGCCCGGGCGGCGGCGGCGGCUGUGCAGCGGUGCGCAGCGGGAAGCGCAGCCACUCCUCUCUGCCUAUCUCCGGCUGCUCCGAUACCCCCUCCUCCCGGCCCCCUCUCUAGUAUGGAGGAGCCGACGACUAAACCGCUGCGAGCAACUCCUUAAAAAAAAAAAAAAGCCGCAUUAGAGGAGCCUGGCCGCAGGACCCCUCCUCCCUGGGCGCCCCUCACCCCUCGCCUCUCUCUCCCGCCUCCCCCUUCAGCUCCCCCCCACCCCUCCGCCCCAGGCUCCCGGGCGCCCGCCUCCCUCCUUAACGGACUGUCUCCCGACUCGCCGGCUGAGAGCCCUUUUUGACUGCGAGCGGCGGUAGUGGAGCAUAGGCGGCGGCGCGGGACCUGCAGUCGCCCGGGAUUCCCUCCAGGUGACGAUGCUCUGGUUCUCCGGCGUCAGGGCUCUGGCUGAGCGUCCCUGCCGGCGCUCGCCCGGGAUUACCUGCUGCGUCUUGCUGCUGCUCAAUUGCUCGGGGGUCCCCAUGUCUCUGGCUUCCUCCUUCUUGACAGGUUCUGUUGCAAAAUGUGAAAAUGAAGGUGAAGUUCUCCAGAUUCCAUUUAUCACGGACAACCCUUGUAUAAUGUGUGUCUGCAUGAACAAGGAAGUGACCUGUAAGAGAGAGAAGUGCCCAGUGCUGUCGAGAGACUGUGCCCUGGCCAUCAAGCAGAGGGGAGCCUGUUGUGAGCGGUGCAAAGGUUGUACCUAUGAAGGAAGUACCUAUAACAGCUCCUUCAAAUGGCAGAGUCCUGCUGAAGCCUGUGUCCUGCGCCAGUGCCAGGAAGGCGUUGUCACAGAGUCUGAGGUGCGAUGUGUCGUUCAUUGUAAAAACCCUUCCAAGCAUCUGGGAAAAUGCUGCCCCACUUGUCCAGGCUGUGUGUUUGAGGGGGUGCAGUACCGAGAAGGGGAGGAAUUUCAGCCAGAAGGAGACAAAUGUAUCAAGUGUUCCUGUGCUGGAGGCAGGACACAGUGCGUGAGAGAAGUCUGUCCCAUUCUCUCCUGUCCUCAGCACCUUAGCCACAUUCCCCCAGGACAGUGCUGCCCCAAAUGUUUGGGUCAGAGGAAAGUAUUUGACCUCCCGUUUGGAAGCUGCCUCUUUCGCAGUGAUGUUUAUGACAAUGGAUCCUCUUUUCUCUAUGAUAACUGCACUGCAUGUACCUGCAGGGACUCUACUGUAGUGUGUAAGAAGAAGUGCUCCCACCCUGGUGGAUGCAGCAAAGGCGAGGAGGCCUGUUGUGAGGAGUGCCUUCUACGAGUGCCCCUGGAAGACAUCAAAGUGUGCAAGUUUGGAAACAAGAUUUUCCGGGAUGGAGAGAUGUGGUCCUCUGUCAACUGCACCAUCUGUGCUUGUGUGAAAGGCAAGACAGAGUGUCGCAAGAAGCAGUGCGUUCCCAUCAGCAGUUGCCCUCAGGGUAAAAUUCUCAACAGGAAAGGAUGCUGUCCUAUUUGCACUGAAAAGCCUGGCGUUUGCACAGUAUUCGGAGAUCCCCACUACAACACUUUUGACGGACGGACAUUUAACUUUCAGGGGACGUGUCAGUACGUUUUGACAAAAGACUGCUCCUCCCCUGCCUCGCCCUUUCAGGUGCUGGUGAAGAACGAUGCGCGCAGGACCCGCUCCUUCUCCUGGACCAAGUCGGUGGACCUGGUGCUGGGCGCCGGCACCGUCAGCCUCCAGCAGCACCUGACCGUGCGCUGGAACGGCUCGCGCAUCGCGCUGCCCUGCCACGCGCCGCAGUUUCACAUAGACCUGGACGGCUACCUCUUGAAAGUGACGACCAAAGCAGGUUUGGAAAUAUCAUGGGAUGGAGACAGUUUUGUAGAAGUCAUGGCUGCACCCCAUCUCAAGGGCAAACUCUGUGGUCUUUGUGGCAACUACAAUGGGCAUAAGCGUGAUGACUUAAUUGGUGGAGAUGGAAACUUCAAGUUUGAUGUGGAUGACUUUGCCGAGUCCUGGAGGGUGGAGUCCAAUGAGUUCUGCAACAGACCCCAGAGAAAACCAGUGCCUGAACUGUGUCAAGGGACAGUGAAGGUAAAGCUUCGAGCCCAUCGGGAAUGCCAGAAACUCAAAUCCUGGGAGUUUCAGACCUGCCACUCAACUGUGGACUAUGCUACUUUCUACCGGUCCUGCGUGACAGAUAUGUGUGAAUGUCCAGCCCAUAAGAACUGUUACUGCGAGUCAUUCCUGGCAUAUACCCGCGCCUGCCAGAGAGAGGGCAUCAGCGUCCACUGGGAGCCUCAGCAGAACUGUGCAGCCACCCAGUGUAAGCACGGUGCCGUGUAUGAUACCUGUGGUCCGGGAUGUGCCAAGACCUGUGACAACUGGAAUGAGAUCGGUCCCUGCAAUAAGCCGUGUGUUGCUGGUUGUCACUGUCCAGCAAACUUGGUCCUUCACAAAGGAAGGUGCAUCAAGCCAGUCCUUUGUCCUCAGCGGUGACCUUUGUUCCGCUCCUUCAGACUUUGAACCUGGUGUUCUUGACACUGAAGUGGAAGAGCCAAUGAAGGACUGCGAUAUUUGUGUGCUGAUUCUGCAAAUACACACACGGAGUAUAUAUGUGUACAUAUAUAGAUAUAUAGAUAUAUUCAGAAACACUUCAUCAUUUAUAGAAACUAUAGGUGGAUUAUUAUAUGUAUAUUUUUUGCUAUAAGACAUGUAUUGUUUCUAGGAUCCUAAUCUGUAAGCCAUUGAAUACAUUGUAUAAAUAAACCAGGUGUUUUUAAUUUAAUAAGGCAGCAUGCAGACAUAUUGGAUGGUUUUACCAUCACAUACGUUUGUCAUUUUUAAGAAAUUUUCUAAGAAAUCUAAACUGCCUGCCUGAAUUAAUUUUUGAUUUGAAUAGGAUUUGCAGUUGAAUGGGAAGUGUGUUUUUCUGGAAUGGCAAAUUUAUCUAGGGGCAUUUCAUGCUUCCAAAGAAAGGAAAGUAUGCCUGAGAAAUAUGGCUAGUGAUUGGCGACAGGCUCUAAUGGUGCAUGUAAAGCAAGGGGUAGAGGCUGUUAGACUUUAUUGGGUCAUGGUCCGAUAUUAUUUCCAGAACUGACUGGCUGGUUGCCAAGAAAUAUAUAUUUGUCACUAGAGCAUAACCAGAGAAUCAAAUGAUUUCUUGCCAUCUUUGCAUAUUCCUUGAGUCUCCUAAUUUUGUAUGUGUGUAUGAUGGAUAUGUCCACCUCCGUGUGCCACAUUGAGGUGUUGGUGUGUCUGGAUGACUUGUUAGUUUUAUUGAGGAUGAGCAGGUAUUUGAAGAAACUGUUGUACAACGUAUGACAAAAUAUCCAUUUCUCUGAAUCUCACAGCAAUUUAGGAUGAGCAAAUCCAAGGAGUUAAAGUAAGCUAUCUCCAUUUUGUGACUAUUCCAUGUGUUAAAUGAAAGCCUUUAUUUCUAGAGGAUUCCUAGACCAACACUAUUUGGCAACAGUGAAUUUGUCCUAAUUAUUAGAAAGAAAGGCUUUACUGAUCGGUUGAUUUAACAUCAAUACAAAGAAUGGUCUACAUGCUUGCUCUUACUACUAGUCACCAUGUGAUUUUCCUGACUUUUGUUUUCAGUUGAAUAAGUGAACAUGUCAACAAAACAAAACCCACUGAUGUCUAAAAAUAAAAUGUUCUGCAUUGUAGUAAAUAAAGGGCUUAAGGUU